UCUGGCGCCCUCCGCGAGAGGAGCCCGGCCGGGAGGGAGGGAAGGCGGGAGCGAGCUCGCCUUCUGCGCUUCCGAUCGCCCGUCCAGGACUCGGAGGGCGGCGGGGGGGAGGCCUCUCUUGCCGCCUCCCCGUCCCUCCGCCCCCCUCCCGCGGCGGUGCUGAGCGUGCCCCCCGCUGGGGCUGCAAUGCGGCCGCCUUUGUUUGCUCAAGGAGAUGCCCCCUCCGCUCCGCUUGGCCCAUGCCGGAGCCUAUAAAACCCUCCGGGGCGCAGGGUUUGGCCAGAGCGGACAGUGACUCGCGCCGGGAUCCGCGAUCGGCUCGCCGCCACCGCCACCACCAUGACCCUGCUGGGCGCGGCUCUCCUGCUGCUGCUGCUGCCGCCCCGCGCCCUACCGUGGCCGGGCCAGGGCGCCUUGGCAGCCUCCCGUCCCCCGAAGCCCCUCUUGCCCAUCCAGCCCGAAUCGGACCCUCUUCCCUCCAAGGGGGCAGCAGGCUGCUCUUUUGGUGGCAGGUUCUAUGCCCUGGAGGACACCUGGCAUCCUGACCUGGGGGACCCCUUCGGGAUCAUGCACUGUGUGGUGUGCUCCUGCGAACCACAGAGGAAUCGCCGUGGGAAGCCAACAGGCAAAGUCAGCUGUAAGAACAUUAAGCAUGACUGCCCCACGCCCAUGUGCAAUGAUGCUGUCCUCCUGCCAGGACACUGUUGUAGGACCUGUCUGAAAGCCACUCCCAGCAUCCCUGAGAAGAGACCUGAGCCGCUGUUUGACAACUUGGAGUAUUUCCAGGAUAAGGAAGAUGACUUGCACAGGAACUACAACGACCGCGCCUAUCUCAGCGUGGAAGAUUUGGCUCGGGAUGAAAGCCGCACAGAUUUUGUGGCUUUGCUGACCGGGGGUUUGGAGCCAUGGAUGCCUGUGACCAGCGCAGUGGCGAAAGCCAGGUUUACUCUUGUGCGCUCUUCCCUGCUUUUCUCCAUCCAUUAUGAGAGGCUAGGCCAGCCGAUUCGAGUCCGUUUCACGGAGCCUGAUGGGACUGUCCUUUCUGAGCAACCUGUGCAGAAGGGCGCCUCCCCCCAGGACCAGAUGAUCUGUGGUAUGUGGCGAAACGUACAAAAGUCCUCCAUCCGGCUACUGAAGAUGGAUCAGCUGCGUGUGUCCCUAGUCACCAAGUCCCACCCUGCGGGUGAGGUCAGAGGCAAAAUCAUCAAGCACCGGGCCCUCUUUGCAGAAACAUUCAGUUCCAUCCUGACAUCAGUGGACCCGGCCCACGUUGGCAUGGGGGGCAUCGCUAUGCUCACCCUGAGUGACACGGAGAACAACCUGCAUUUUGUCCUGGUGACCAAGGGGCUGCUUGAGUCAGCAGGAUCCCCCUGGAUUCCCCUGAGAGUGCAAAUCCUGCACCAGGAGACGGUCUUGAGGGAAGUCCUAGCCAAUGUCACCCAGCAGGACCCCGACUUUGCAGAGGUGCUGACUGGACUCUCAAGCCAAGAGAUGUUGUGGCUCGCACAGGGGCAUCUGAGGAUCACUGCCGAGGUGGAGGACGGAUCCCGGCACCAGAUUGCUGGCCGCAUCACCAUCAGGAGAAGCUGUGACACCAUCCAGAGUGUGCUGUGUGGAGGAGACGCCCUGAUACCCACCCAGACAGGAGCUGUGGGUUCUGCCAAGCUCACGCUGCACAUGAAUGGGACUUUAGAGUAUCAGGUCCAAGUGGCAGGAACAGGAAGUGAGGUGAUUGGUGUCACGCUGGAGACCAAACCCCGCAGAAGAAAUAGGCGCAACAUCUUAUACGACAUGACGCACAGCUACAGGGAUGGAAUGGUCACUGGGAUCUGGGAGGAAGCAAAUGGGCGGGAUGCCCACAUGCUGCUGCAGAACGAGCUCUUCCUAAAUGUGGCCACCAGGGAUUUUGAAGAGGGGGAGCUGCGUGGGCAGAUCAGCACCCUGCUGUACAGUGGACUCCUGGCACGAGACCGAGAGCUGCCUCUCCCCCUGGCUGGCCAGUUCAUCUCCCCUCCUGUCCGCACCGGUUCUGCUGGGCACGCCUGGGUAUCCUUGGACGAUCAUUGCCACCUGCACUACGAGAUCGUGGUCGCUGGCCUCGGCAGAGCAGACGACGGCACCGUCAGUGCUCACUUGCAUGGCUUUGCUGAGCUAGGCGAGCUCCAGGAGAGGAGCAGCCGGGAGCACAAGCGGUUGCUCCGGGGCUUCUAUGGCACCGAGGCCCAAGGAGUCGUGAAGGACCUGGACAGGGACAUGCUCUACCACCUGGCUCAGGGAACAGCCUUUUUGCAAGUCAGCACUAAAGCCAACCCUCGAGGGGAGUUGCGAGGAAAGGUGCACAUUCCCAACCACUGUGAGGCCGGGGGCAUCCGCAUGGCCCCCAAGUAUCUGGAGGAGGAGCUCCCAGGGGAGCCCAGCCCAAAUGACCCUGAAGAGCUGAAGAAAGACCCCCACUCCUGCUUUUUCGAAGGACAGCACCGCCCUCACGGCUCCCGCUGGGCCCCAGACUACGACAGGAAGUGUUCCGUCUGCAGCUGCCAGAAGCGCACGGUCAUCUGUGAUCCUGUCCUCUGUCAGCCCCUGAACUGCUCCCAGCUGGUACACCUGGAAGACAGGUGUUGUCCCGUGUGUGAAGAGAAGAAGCAAAUCCUAGAAGGCCAGAGAGCUGAGAGGGCCCGAGACAGCAGUGAAGGUUGUUACUUCGACGGUGACAAGACCUGGCGAGGCGCAGGCACACACUGGCACCCUGUGGUUCCCCCCUUCGGCCUCAUCAAAUGUGCCAUCUGCACCUGCAAGGGCACCACAGGGGAAGUGCACUGUGAGAAGGUGCAAUGCCCCCGCCUGACCUGCAGUAACCCCAUCCGGGCCAGCCCCUCGGACUGCUGCAAGCAAUGCCCAGCACCGGAGAGGAGCCCCUCUGCACUUUCAGACAUGAUGCAGGCAGACGGCCCCAGGGCCUGCAAAUUUGGACGGCAGUGGUACAUGCACAAUGAGAGCUGGCACCCCACGGUGCCCCCGUUUGGGGAGAUGAAGUGCAUCACCUGCUGGUGUGUGUCUGGGGAAACGCACUGCCAGCGCCAAGAAUGCUCGCCUGCCUCUUGCUCCGGAGAGGGGAAGAAAGAGGACAGCUGCUGCUCCACAUGCCAGGCCCCGAAAGAAACUCGCGAGAACCUUCGAGACGAGGCCAGGGGCUCCUGGGAACACUAGCUGGCCAGCUGGAGCUCAGAAGCCCGGAAGCCCACCAAGGCAUCAUCACCAAGUCACUGCUGAAGCUCCAGGCUUUGCAAGGUCUCCCUAAACCUCCCCAGGUUUUGGUGGCUUCUUCAGACGACCAGAGGUGCCCUCUGAUUCCAUCCCAGGACAAGCAGCCAUUCCGUGGAGUGCCCGGCGCGGUGCCCUCCUCUGCCCACUGGCCUGACCCUCCUCUGCCUUUGGCACCUGGCUCCAUGGAAGGAGAAGGUCCGGGACCCCAGGGGCCACUUAGGGACUGUGUAUGGACACCAGGCACAGCUGUAUUUGCCAGCGCGGCCUCUGUGGCCCAACAGAGCAAUGAAUAAACCUCUCCUAGGGGCGGGUUCCUGGGCGCUGCCAAUCGCAAUGGAAGACGCCUGAACAGUGCAAUGACGAAUUCAACAGGCAGCGCCCCCCCGCCCCGCCCCCCGUCGACUUCUACGUGUCUCUGAUGGCUCCAAGCAAAACUGUGUCGCCGUUGUGCCUUUUGGCUUUCAUGAUACCCAUUCCAAAAGGGGGGGUGGGGGUGGGGGGAGCACAUGGGAAGUGUCCCCACCCACCCACCCCCGACUAGCCUGUAAAUAGUGUACAAUUUCUCCUUCUUGGCUGCAUCUCUUAUUUUGUUUGUGGGGGCACAGCCUGCUUUGGUUGGUUGUGUGAUUUAUGUUCCCCAUGGGUAAGAGCCCCGCUUCCCCUGCCCCUUGAUUGCUACCGGAGAGUAUGUAUUUAUUAAAAGAAAAAUGGAGAAAAAGA